AUGGAAAUAGAACAGGAACGAAGGAUAACUAGAAAUACCAAAGAACUGAGAGUAAAGGAUAGAUUGGAAUAUAAAGUAACGAGCAUGGCAAUGUAUAAGGAAAAAGUACAAGAAAUUAUAAUGGACAGAAAAGAAAACAAACAGGCUGGUUCCAUAACCUGCAAAGUUUAUCGAGUUCAAGGACAUGGCCCUUGCAAAGAAAAUAAAAUCAUAGCUUUAUGCACCAGAUCAAAAAUCUCAGAAAGACAUUUUUUAGAAGAGGAAAAUGCUGCACUUGGUAUUUAUGAUAAUGCAAACUAUGUAAUAGCUACCGAUACCGAUAAUAAUAUGCCUGGUACAUCAUUAUUACGGGUUGACCUUUUACCAGAACUGAGAGACAACCUCCAAAUCUCGGAUUUCGUAAGCAAUAAUGAUGAUGCUUCCAUAAAAGAUCCAAACUAUGAAUCAGAUUCUAGUAGCUCUUCUCUGCUACAUGUAAUAGUUCUAGCUCAAGCAAAAAAAUUUUUCGGCGACAUACCAGAUCUCUAUGAUUUGAAUAAUCUUGCAGUGUCGGCAGCCAAAGUGGCGAUCCUUAUUAUUAACAAUAAAACGCAUUCUAAUAUUAGUAUCAGCAAAGAUAGUUACUCACACGAAGAAAACCCUUACCAAAAAAGUAAUAACCCUAGAUUCAGACAGUAUCAGAAUGUAAAUGAUCAAGAUUUAUAA